UUGUGGAAGGAGACGGAAGUGGAGCGUCGGCAGACAUGGCCGAGUUCGGGCAGCCGGGCCUGCUGGCGGUGCUGCUCCUCUGUACCGCACUCACGCUACGGGACGUUUAUGUGGGUCGCUCGAGCCUUCAGCAGCCCGGUGACCCAGCAGACCUGAAGUCGGGUGCGGAGCGCGGCCGGGCGCCCCGGUCCUACGUUGGACCGGUGCUGAGGUUCCAGUACUGCAUUUCCUGAGGAUACAGCAAGGCGUACCAGGAGUACGCUCGGGCCAUCAGCCAGCUGUACCCGGACAUCCACAUCGAGGGGGAAAACUACCCUCCCACCCCCAUCAACAGGUAUCUGGGGAACCUGGUGUCCUACCUGAAGCUGCUGGCCAUCGUGGUGAUCGUCACGGGUCAGAACGUGUUCGCCAUGCUGGGUCUGCAGACGCCCCGGGCCUGGACCUGGAGCCAGGAUAACAAGAUCUUCUCAUGUCUGAUGGCGUUCUUCCUCUGCAACAUGAUGGAGACCCACUUCCUGUCCACCGGCGCCUUUGAGGUCACGCUGAACGAUGUCCCAGUCUGGUCCAAGCUCCAGUCCGGCUACGUUCCCAACAUCCAGGAGAUUUUCCAGAUCCUGGAUCGCCACCUUAAGAUGAACCAAGUUGACCCCCAGACUUUCUCUGCUUAGACCCUCAUCUGUGCAGUUCAUGCUGCGUUCAAGUGCCACUGCUCUGUGGGACGUUCCUGCGCUGGCAUUCAUGAUGGUUUGGCCCCAAAGCAGAAUCUGCUGGGCUGCGCCUGAUUCCCUCCCGCCGCGAAGGACCGCACCCACACUGCUCCUGUGUGUACUGACGAUGCACCUGUGGGGUCAUGUGACCUGCCGGACCGUGGACGGACGCCGACGAUCAGAUCAAAGACGCGGUGCUGUUGUUAGCUUCAUGUUAAUGUGCAUGGUAGCUUGUGCGUCUUCUGAGUCUGAAAUAAAGGUGAAGCAGAGUGCUCCAGUGUGACUGACU